UGUCUAAACCCAGUUUUCAGUCAUCGCAUUUCACCGAAAAUGGAAUCCAAAGAGAAUCCAAACCCAGUUUCAUCGCAUUUCACCGAAACCCUUUUCACGAUCGUGCAAUUACGACAACGAAGCUGAAGAAGUUUGAGAGUUCACCAUCGCUCAUUUCACAGUUAUCAUCGCUCAUUUCACAGUGACAACAUGCAUUGGUAAAACGAAGCUUCAGAUCAGUUGAUAGAUCACUUGAGGAAUGAGUAUGAUAAGGUUCUUGAACACAACAAUGACUUGGUAAAUGAAUUGAUUUCUAUUAGUUUCAGAACAGGACAUAGAGAAUAAUGUCAACAAUAAGCAGUUUCUUCCAAGAAAGCCGGCAAGACAACCAAAUCCAGUUGUUUAUCGAAAACUGCGUCGAGGAUCAGCUGCAGCCAGAAUUCCUGAGAAGCAAACAGAGGCAAGACCAUGUUAAUUUCUUCCUCUAUUUUGUGUUAUUCUUUUCUUUUUGGAACAUACAUGUCUCUAUUGUUAAUGUUUACAACUUUCUAUUAAGGAGUUAUUGAGAACUAUUGCGUUCUUAACAUACGCUAAUGCUACACAGACACGGGUAUUUUACGAUUCGGUCCAUUUUACAUGGUAGAUUUCAAUUUAUGUAUAACUUGGAAAAAUCAAAGUUGUCAUGAUAAUGAUGUGACUUUUUUGUGUUUAUCUUAGAAUUCAAUCAAGUAGUUCUAGAGGAUGAAACUAAGUUGAAGGGAAUUCCACCAUAUUUCUCUAUGGCGUUUCAACUUCUAUGCUUGUGCAAUUUCCAAGCAUUAAUUUGUAGGAUAAUAGAGACAAUAAGGAAUAUUGAAGCAAAAAAUUGUUGCAUUCAAUUGUCUUUUAAAUGCUUCCAUAAACGAGCGACUUCUCAUCUUGCAGAUUUGCGAUUCCACUGUUGAUCCCUAGCCACACUCAAUCACGGUUCCCUCUGCUCCGGUCGCCGUUGAAGAUUCUUGAAAUCUAUGCAAAAUUUAGUAGCUUCAAUAUUGCAAGAAACAUUGCUUCUUGGAGUUGUAUGAAUUAUGAUUAAUGCUUAUAAAUUAUAAUCAGUAUGAGAGACUUAACGAGGUCCUUUAUCUUUUUUCGAUAUGAUGGGGAUGGGUUUCUGUCUUGAUAAGCCUUUUUGAGUUGGGCAGGUCAUUUCAGAGAAGCAGAAAAAUCAAUAGAGACAAUGUCAGUUCAACCGAAUAAUUCCAUAUGGAAACGUCACUGCUGCUAGUCAAUUGAAAGUACUAUUAACAGAGCUGGAAUCUGUUCAAAGUUUUUUAUCUAUAUAAAUGUUCUUACUUUAUUUGAAUUUCAGCUACUGUUCAUAUUCUUAGGAGCUUUUAUUGUGAGGAAGUUAAGAAUUUGCAGCGAAAAAACUCAAAGUUAAGGAGUAUAAGUUUUUCCCAAAGGAUCCUGAAAGGCAACACAUAUUUUCUGGAGUUCUCUUUGGUUAGUCACUUGGAAUUUUUGGGCUGUGUUAGUGUUCAAGUGGGCAAUGAUGUGAUACUGAUCGCGACAAAAUGGGGUAUGUCUGUGAUUAUGACUGCAAGUGCAUAGUCUAUCGCGUAGUUUUAAAAGAUAUCAAACCCACAGGAACUAAGAAUCGACCUAAUGUAGUUAAUCGCUACUACGUAAAUCUAAGGCUAAUAUCUGAUUGACUAUGAUCAGAUGGGGAAGUAAAAGCAAUAUAAUUUAAUUAAAUAAGCGGGAAUAUUAUCGGUAUGUAAUGGUCGGAUGUCGGGGAUCUAGUAAACUAUCGACGUGAAUCGUAAUUUAAAAUACUCGUUCUGUAGAAAUCACUUGUUUAAAAACCUCCCUCUCACACUCUUGUGUUUAUUGAUUACGAUCUCAUUAUUAAAACUAAGUGAGCGCUCUCGCUGUAUCAAAUAAAGUUUAAAAUGAUUUUUGAAAAUCGAUGAAGUCUAAUUAACCUUAAAGCGCUCUCGCUGUAUUUAAGGUUAAUGUUUAAUUCCUACUGUCUAGUUAAAAUCUCAAACUCUCGUUUUUAUUGAUCCCAACUUCUAUUGUUUUUAACUCUCGUUACAAAACAAUUGAAUUAAGCAUUAUAAAUUAAUACCAGAUAAAUAAAUUUCAUUAAUAAAAUACGUCGAAAGUAUUACUCGAUUCCCUCUGAUAUGUGACCUUACAUAGUGAUAAAAAGUAUUUAGUCGGACAUUAUUUUAAUAGACGGAACAGAAUAAGCAUAGCAGAUAAAUAAUAUUUCGGGCAUAAUUCGAUAAACUAACAUAAACAGAGAAUAAUAAUUAAAGCUAAUAAAUGAACCUGAAUUAAAAUUGCUAGACUGUAAUGAAUAAUCUUGAAGUAUAAAUCCUUCGAUCUGGAAGAAAUAUCGAUUGCAGAAAAUAAACUGAAUCUAAAACUAAAACUAAAUUCUGGAGCUUAAAAGAAAUUGAAAUGCAAUAGUGUUCCGGUAUAGAAAACUAUUGCAGAGUGUUGGUUCGGGAAGAAAAUAAAAUUGCAGAAGAAAAAUAAUACGGCACUAGGUUAAAGUUCGUAACCCUUUCAAUUAGUGUUGAAGGGUAUUUAUAGAGCUGCUUCAGAUUCUUGGUCUUGAGUUUGUUUCGUCUCAGUUGCUGUUCUUUCGGAGGAGAAAAUGGCGGAGAGAAGAUAGCGUGAAAACAAAGUCUCUUCUGGGCCUGGGUGUGUGACUUAACGUCACACACUAAUAUUCAAAGGGGGUGCCGACCGGCAGGAGGGGGUGUGUGCCGACCGACAUGCACUUCAAUGUGCCCCACGUCACGUGCUCUACUUCCUGUGCGCGUUGGGCUUGCUUGCAGUCUGGGCCUUUGCUUCUUCUUAUUUGCACCUCCUUAUUUAAGUGUACUUUUAAGCAAUUUCUCUUCAUUUUAGCUCCUUUUUUCGAUUAUUUCUUUUGCGAGCUCCGAUUAAAUAAAUUCUUGAAAACAAAUAGAAAUACCGGCAUAAUACAAAAUAAAAUAAUAAAAUCAAAAUAAAAUAGGAUAAUAAUGCAUGUAAAUUAAGCUAAAUAUACGAUACGUUUUCGUGAUAUCAAACUCACCUGCACUUGAACUUUGCUUGCCCUCAAGCAAACAAUCAAAGAAAAAGGUUUUACACAUGCAUGAAAAUCAUCUCGAUUUGUACUCGGUCGCGGUGGUAAUUUGCUAGAGACACAGAAGCUCAUAUGAACACUAAAGACAUAGUGGCGACACUAGACAACUCCAGCUUAUGUAGACCAAUUCAAAUCAUGCUAUUACAGCUCAUCUAGACCCUUUCGCUAGAUUUUGCUUGUUUUCAUUCGGGCGCAAUCACAUUAAGCCCUUUAUCUUCACACGCACGUAGUAGAGUAACCGGUUAGUGACUAUGAUCCUUAUUAGCACGAGGCUCUGGCACAUUUCUGUGGUACCCACUUCUUUAACCAAAUGUAAGCUGCGGGGGAUCGAACCGUAAUUCGCCCUACCAAGUUCAAUACCAGAUACUUUUGAACCAACUAAAAAUAGGUUUCUUUAUUGUUCGCAAGAUAUACAUCCUUUGGGUUAAAUGACCAGGUGAGGGUCACCUAGCUUAGUCAGUGCAAUCUUUUAAAUUCUUUACUGAAAAUUUUCAAGAUCAUUUACUUAUCUUCAUCGGAUCUCUACUUAGUUUGUGUUUAAGACGGUGUCGACUGCUGAAUAAACUACUCGAAGCUACUUUAAAGCUAGAGGUUAAAGACUUUGAAAUAAUAAGUACUUAAAUUGAAUCUUGCAUAAAUCGGAGUUCUAGAGUGUCAAGACUGUAGCAAUUUUGUUUAAUAGUGCUUCGGCUCUAACAUAGCUUAAAUUGUAUAUCUUGGUACUUUCCGAGCGUGCCAGGCUAUGCGUAUAAAAUAAAAUGUUUAUGGUUCAAAUAGAUGGAGAAUUCGACAACUGAAAGAUACUCGCAUAUAUUGAACUUAAAAUACAUGGAUUGAGAUGAUGGGAAAUUAAUUUUUUUUUAAAGGGAAUAACUAAAAAUACUAGAAAUUAAUUACUAGGAAUUAAAAUCUACUGACAAUAAUUAGAAAAGCAGCAAGCUUCCUCCCCCACACUUAAACGUUGCGUUGUCCUUAAUGCGACUUUGUGUGGUAGAAACGGUGAAAACUCACUACUCGUUUCCUCUUCCUCGUGCUCUCCCUCGAGUUCAUGCUCUUCCUCCUCUUCGACCUUCACCGCCGUCUCUAGGCGGAACUAUCCCAGCAUGGUACACAUACUCAUGUAAGCCCUCAACACGAUAUGUCAAGCAAUGCAUUUCUUCAGUUAGGUCUGCAAUGCUUCGAUCAUUCCAAUACGCAUAAUCGUGUUGAUCUCUCUGCAUUUGACGCAUUAGCGUCAUCAUUUUGUUCUGACCCGCCUCAAUCCUUUUAUGACACUGAGUUUCUUCCUCGUGGUUGCGUAUCAUCUCUCUAUACACAUCAUCCAGUAUGACUGUUGAUUUCUUCUUCGUGGUUGAUGUCCAGAUGGUCCAGCAACAUUUUCAGGAUUGGGUUAGGGGUUCUCGUCAGGCUGGGGCUCUCCUUGAUCCAUUUCUUGUUCAACCUCAUCCACAUUAUCUGCAUCAUUUUGAUUAUCCUCUACAUUCUCACCAGGAGCAGGUGCGUCGAGAUCAUAGAUCCAGUUGUCUCUGCGGUCUAUCCUAGUGAUCUCGCUGUUUGGCAGUAUAACACUGCGAAUUUCCCUGUUUCACACCAUGAGGUUGUAUCUUCCGUCUGGUCUUAAUUUGAUAAGGCGACCAGCUCUGCAGUUAUUGAUAUCCAUAAAAAUGGGUGGUAGAGAAGGCAUAUUUUCAAGCCUCUCAUGCAUGUCGAGGGCUCGAGCUAUACCAGUGACAAGCCAUCCUACACAGAAUGGUGCGUUUCCUUCUCUUGAUACGAGAGCUUGAAUGUAAGACAUAAGGAAAGUGCUGGCAUUGAUCCGAUGGUUGGCAAAAGCACAAUAAAAGAAGUAUAACUCCUUACCAUUGACUUUGUUGCUGUUAGUCCUUCCGAAAAUAGUAUUUGCUAAAAUGCGGUGGAAGUAACGCAUAACCGGCUUAUGAAUUUGCGAAGAGAAGCGCAUGUCGGGAGCGACAUUUUUGUUACCGGAUAUUUGACGCCAAAUAUCAUUUGAGGUUCUUUGCCAGUCAAGCUCGGCGGAAUUCUAUAGUUGACUCCCUCAAGAUCGCGCUUAAAUUUUCUUGAUUCAUGGUGUACUCUCGGUUGAAUAGUCGGAAGAUAGCGGUUCCGAUGAGGUUGUGAGAAGCGUCGGUGGGUGUGUGGUUAAUAUACGAGCUUAGGAACUGCAAGGUUAAUGCCUCGUAUGUGGGGAAGUCUAGUGUGCUUACGAAUGAUAAACCCGUUUUAUUGAGCAAUAUUCGCACACCGAUUUCGAACAGCCCCAAACUUCGCAAGCUUUCGAUAUGGGCGAAUCUUGAUGACACCACCCCUCUUUGAGAGAAACUUCGGUAUCGGUUUUAUUGAAUUUCUCCGCUUCUCCGUUCCGGAAAAUGACACCAGGAAACUCGUCUUCGUUUUGUUUGUUGAGGUUGGCCAUAAUGAUUUUUCUGCAGGAAGUGUGAAAGAAAAUUGUAGGAGAAAUAGCAGAAAAAUGCUUGUGGUUCUGUUUGUACCAGUGGGGUAAUAUAGUAGUGUGAAAGUUGAAAAUAGAUUGACUGAGUAUUGAAUGGAAAUUAAGGUGAGGUUUGAAUUGAAGAUGAAAAUGGGAAUUGAUUUAGCACUGAGAAGUUUGAAAUAGCAGAAAAUUUGGUUGCUUAUGGUGUGGAAACGAAGCAAAUGCAUCUCUGCAUUUAAAGGGAAGGUGACGGACGGCAGAAGGGGGGUUGGGACGGUCGGCGUAGGGCCCCCUCUGACGGUCGACAGACAUGCAUGUACAUGCAUGUGCGUCUAUUUGCAUGUGUGCAGCAUGCAUUCAGUGUUGCAGAGAUUCCUUUCAUUGCUUUUUGACCAAGAUGCAUGUAUUCUUAGUGGACUAACAUAAAUUUGACAUAAAUACUUUUGACUGUUAGUCAAAGUAAUUAAAUUUGGUACACAUAAUAGUAUCAGUAGCAUAAUAUAACUCUAUCCUAUACCAGUAUAAUUUUUAUAACAGUAGCAGAGUAGAGUAAAGGUAUAUAUCGGUAUAUCAGUAUCAUAAUAAAGCAUAAGUAGCAAACUGAUAUUUUGCUGUGUUCCACAUAUAUAUUAUCAGCAAUAUUUAUUUAUUAACCAUAGCAGUGAAUGAACACAGACAUUAGCACAUAGCAGAAACAAAGUUUGUGAUGCACACACACAGACUUAGCAGAUGAAAUUAAGCAGAAAAGUAAAAACAGAAUAAAGAAAGUACUGAAUUUUAUUAAAAUCAAAAACUGAAAAUUAAAAUUUGUCUUAAAAAUAGAAAUACUAACUAAUUAAAAACUGAAAAUUGAAAAACUGAAAAUUAAAACUACUAAAGCGAUAAAUCCUAACUAACAUUUUGAAGUCGGGAUGGACUGAAAGUGCUGAUAAAAACUGUCGAGAUUUGCCGUGACCAAAUCCAUAGAUCCGUGGAAAUCUCCUCGGAGUCUCCCUAAAUCGGUACGAUGUACAUCAACGUCGUUCCGAAGGGUCUCAAUAACAGCAGCAUGGUCAACCAUAGGCACAUCCUCAUAAGGUGUAGUAUCAAUGUCAUGGUAGCCAGUCGGUGUCCUCGGGUCACUUUCUUCCUCCUCGAAAUCAUUUUCACCUUGUCCUUCCAAGUCAUAAAUCCAAUUUUCUUUCUUGUGAACACUUGUGAACCUAAUGCAGGGUAAGGCAAAAUGAUUAACAGGCUCGUAGUUCACGAGAAGCUAAUAAGGUGGAGACUCAUAGAUGCUAAUCAGGCUUUUGUUGAAGCAAAACUCCAUGUCCAUGGAUUUGAAUCCUCCAUAAGGAAUCAAUCUAGCAAGAGGGCCUCUCAAAGAUAAGGCACGGGCGAUCUUAGUGACAAGACCACCUACAAGGAUAGGACCGAUAGUAUCUUGGGCCUGAGUGGCCAUCCUAGCAAGCAUAAAUGAUACUCCCAUAACUGGUCUGGCUUGGAAAACACACAUCAUUAUGCCUAGCUCAUCCUUAGUCACCGAGGUAUCGCACCGAGGUUUUCCAAAAAGUGUGAAAGCUAGUAUCAUGUGGAAAUACCUAAUGGCGGGAUUGUGGAUUUCUGAAGAGAGUCGUAGAUCAUUCUGGUUUCUACCAAAUAUGGUACUCCAAAAGUAGUCAACUAUGUUAUCAGGGAAGUACUCAUCAUCGACUUCCAUUAAGGCAUCCAUGUCUUUAGGAAAUCCUAGUAACUCGGCCAGCUGACGGGUGGUGAAGCGGUAGGUGAAUCCAAACAGCCUAAAUGAAAUUCUUCAUCUGUUGAAUCCUAAUCCAAGUCUAGGCUCAUAACGGAGGGAACUCAGAAACUCUAAGGUUAGGUUGCGGAAAGUGGGUGUACGGGUGGUAAGGAGAUCCUCCCAUCCAAUCUGAUGAAGCAUAAAAUGCACUCUUUCCCGAAUACCUAGAACUGUCAGAGUCGCAUCAUGCGAGAAAGCGGUGAGACCCAUCUCACGUUAUGCCAAAAUCCCAUAUCGUCUCUGCUGAUCCUCACUCCCAAAAGUAACUACCAUGUCAUCAGUGAAAUCCAUCUCUAAAGUCAGAAAAGAGGUUAGUACCCUGGAAGUUUUUAAAAUCAGAAAGAAAAGUUUUAAGUUAGUAUGAUUUAAAACAAAAAGAGUUUGUAUUUUGAAAAUAGAAUGCAUAAAGAAAAGAAAAGAAAUUUUAAUAAAACAUUUAAAAUUAAAAUGAUUUAAAAGAAAAAUAAAGUUAAAAGGUGGGUUGUCUCCCACGAAAGCGCUUUGUUUAACGUCGCAAGCUCGACGAAUCGAUGGUUAGUUUUUCGACUUGACGAUUAACUCUACGAGCUUAAGACUAUCAGUGUAGUAUUUGUUUUCAACAAUAUGGUAAUGUUUUAAUCGCUGCCCAUUUACAAUGAAGCUAUCGCUCGAUUUUCCUUUAAUUUCGACAGCGCCACUUGUAUAUACUUUGGUAACUUCGAGUGGACCAGACCACCUUGAACGAAGUUUUCAUGGAAAGAGCUUAAGUCGAGAAUUGAAUAGUAGCACCACAUCUUCUUCAUUGAAUUCCUUCCUAGAGAUGCGUUUAUCGUGUCACUUCUUUGUUCUUUCUUUGUAAAUCCUAGCAUUCUCGUAAGCAUCCAAUCUAAUUACCUCCAACUCAUUAAUAUCUAAUAGCCUCCUUUCGCCUGCGGCGGUGUAACUUAAGUUUAACAUUUUUAUGGCCCAGUAGGCUUUAUGCUCUAGUUCUACCGGUAAAUGACAAGAUUUACCGUAUACUAAUUUGAAGGGCGUGGUUCCUAUUGGUGUCUUGUAGGCGGUUCUAUACGCCCACAAUGCUUCGUGUAACUUAGUUGACCAAUCCAUCCUAGAUGUGGCAACAUUCCUUUCAAGUAUUUGCUUGAUUUUUCUAUUCGAGACUUCAACUUGUCCACUCGUUUGUGGGUGGUAAGGUGUUGCUACAUGGUGUCGGACUCCAUACUUUACUAAGAGUUUUUCGAAAAUUCUAGAUAUGAAGUGGGAUCCCCCGUUGCUAAUAACUAAUCUUGGUACACCAAACCUCGGGAAGAUUAUAUUCUUGAAAAGCUUAAUCACUACUUGUGCAUCGUUUGUGGGUGAGGCUACAGCUUCUAUCCAUUUAGAUACGUAAUCUACUGCGACAAGUAUGUAAUUAUUUCCAAAGGACGAUGGAAAAGGUCCCAUAAAAUCUAUUCCCCACACAUCAAAGAUUUCUACUUCUAAAAUGCCCUUUUGCGGCAUCUCAUCUCGCGUAGAUAUGUUUCUAGUGCGCUGACAGCGGUCGCAAUUUCUAACAGCGAUGUGGACAUCCUUCCACAGAUUGGGCCAAAAGAGACCGGCUUGCAGAAUCUUAGCGCAUGUCUUUGAUGUGCUUGCAUGCGCACCAUAGGGGGCAUCAUGGCAAUGAUGUAUUAUGCUUUCUAUUUCUUCUUCCGGAACACAUCGGCGGAAUAUCCCAUCAGCACCUCUUUUAAACAGCAAAGGUUCAUCCCAAUAGUACUGUUUAAGGUCAUGGAAGAACUUCUUCUUUUGUUGAUAGGUCAUGUCAGGCGGAAGCACUUUCGCUGCUAGGUAGUUGACAAAAUCAGCAUACCAUGGCAGUGUGGUUUUGGUGCUUAGUGUCUUAACGACUUCGGUUUACGCUUUAGGUUGUUUCAAUGUGUCGCUUUCGGAUUCUAAAUGUGCUAUUAAGCGUUCAUAAGGGAAAUCAUCAUUGAUUGGUGUUUCUUCUGUUUUAAUACCUUCCAUCCUAGGUAAAUGGUCGGCUACUACGUUUUCGGUUCCCUUUUUAUCUUUGAAUUCCAAAUCAAAUUCUUGUAGCAGUAGGAUCCACGUUAAUAGUCUUGGUUUUGCAUCUUGUUUAGCUAGUAGAUACCUAAUGGCUGCAAGGUCGGUAUAAACUAUUAUCUUUUCUCCUAUCAGAUAGGAACGAAACUUAUCUAACGCGAAGACCACAGCCAAGAGUUCCUUUUCGAUUGUGGCGUAAUUCAUUUGCGCAGGGUCUAAGGUCCUACUUGCAUAGUAUAUUGCGUGGAGUUUCUUAUCUUUCCUUUGGCCUAAGACUGCUCCUACAACAUAGUCGCUUGCAUCGCACAUAAUUUCAAACCGUAAAUUCUAGUCGGGUGGUUACAUUAUGGGUGCGGAUAUAAGGGUUGUCUUUAGUACUUCAAAGGCUUCUAAACAUUCAUCGUUGAAAUUAAACUCAACGUCUUUCAUUAAGAGGCUGGUCAGAGGUUUAGAGAUCUUAGAAAAGUCCUUUAUAAAUCUUCGAUAGAAACCUGCGUGUCCUAAGAAGCUUCGUAUCUCUCUAAUUGUUUUUGGGAGUUGGAGAUUUUCUAUUACUUCGAUCUUUGCUUUAUCGACUUCAAUUCCUCUUUCGGAGACCACAUGUCCAAGUACAAUCCCUUGUUUAACCAUAAAGUGACACUUUUCCCAGUUUAGGACGAGGGUAACUUGUACACAUCGGUCCAAUACUUUUUUCUAGAUUUGAGAGGCAUCCUUCGAAAUCCUCCCCACAUACAGAGAAGUCGUCCAUAAAGACUUCCAUGAUGUUGUCUAUGUAAUCAGCGAAAAUUGACAUCAUGCAUCUCUGAAAUGUCGUAGGGGUGUUCCAUAAUCCGAACGGCAUUUGUCUAUAAGCGAAUGUUCUAUAAGGGCAUGUGAAGGUUGUCUUCUCUUGGUCAUCAGGGUGAAUUGGGAUUUGAAAGAAUCCUGAGUAACCAUCCAGGUAGCAGUAAUAGGAAUGUUUUGUUAAACGUUCGAGCAUUUGGUCAAUUAAGGGAAGAGGGAAAUGGUCUUUCCUUGUGGCUUUGUUCAAUUUGCGAUAGUCAAUACACAUCCUUGCUCCAGUCACCUUUCUUUCGGCGAUAGAUUCGCCUGAAUUAUUUACGGUAACUGUUAUGCCUCCCUUCUUUGGUACACAAUGGACCAGACUUACCCACUGACUAUCAGAGAUUGGAUAUAUAAUUCCGGCAUUCAGAAGUUUGGUAACUUCAUCUUUAACUACUGUGCUCAGGAUAGGGUUAAUCCUUCUUUGAUGUUCCCUAGAGGUUUUGCAAUCUUCCUCCAACAUGAUGCGAUGCAUACAUAUGGAAGGACUUAUUCCUUUCAGAUCAGCAAUGUUAUAUCCUAACGCAGAUGGAUACUUCCUUAACAUUUGUAAUAGCUUUUUGGUCUAUAUGGCUCCUAGUUCUGCGUUGACUAUUAUUGGUCUUUUGAGCUCAUCGUCUAGGUAUUCAUACCUAAGAGUCUUGGGUAAUGGUUUCUUAGGGCAAGGCAUAGGGUUGGGUGUCAAAGUUAAGCAUUCGCUUAAACUAUCGUCUCGAUAUUCCGGACGCCAAUUGUCAUCUUCGAAAAUCUGGGGCAUCGGAAUCUUUAUAACUUCAGAGUAAGAUUUUUCCGAUAAUCCUAUCUCUCUUACACAUCCAUCAAUAACUUCGACCAAGUAACAUGUGUCUUCUAUAGCCGGGGCUUGAAGGAAUUGUGUUAAAAUAAACUCGACCUUCUCCUGACCUAAUUCGAAUGUCAGCUUGCCUUUCUUUACGUCUAUAAUAGCUCCAACUGUAGCUAGAAAAGGUCUUCCUAAGAUUAUAGGAGUAUUGACGUCUUCCUUUAUGUCCAUAAUGUUGCACCCCAAAAUUUGCCCACUUAUUUAUACCCAAUUGGCUUUCAUGUCACAUUCAUAUGCAUACCUCACGUAGGUCAUUCACUCAAUACAUUCAUUCAUAUCAUUGUUAUUGUUCAAGAAAAUUGAUGAAAAAAGCUUCUAUGUGGGAGAUAUCUUGAUUCAAAAGAGAAGGUUUGAAGUUUGAUUAUAUGGCCUCAUUUCCAUUGAAGUUCUCCUAAAAUCAGGAUUUCAUCCUCUCCAGUUCAAAGCUCUGAUAAAAAGAUGCAAUCCUCAAAUUCCGGGUUUUCAGACUAGGGUUUUGACCAAAGUCAACCUUGUUUACUUUUUGGUCAAAAUUUAAUCAGGAGAUGACUUUGAGUGUGAACUAUGGUUGUCUUGAAGAAAUAUUCAUUGGAUCUUCUUUGGUUGAAAAUUGAUUGAGAAUUAGAUCGGAGAUUGAUUAAUCAGAAAAAUUCAUCUGAAACUGAAAAAGUCAAAUAGUUGACUUUUUGGUCAAAAUCAGGGUCAAUAUGCAAAUGUUGACUUUUGGUGGAGAAGCGGUCAAAGAAAGUCAAAAAAUGAGAAAAAUCAAGAAAUAACUAAAACCUGCCCAAAAUGGAAAGUAGUUGAAAUGGGAAUAUCCAAAAGAGGAAAGUUCUACACUUAAAGAAUUUUUGGGUAAAUUUCAAAUUGGCUGGGCAGCUGACUUUAAGUCUAAUUAUCACGUGGAAAAUGGCAAAAUUUUAAGACAAACUCAACAUCAAAGGUGUUCAAAUCAUAGCCAUCUACAAAUUUGUAGUUGGAAGAUUUUCCAUUUGGAGCUUAGAUCAAAAGAUAUGGAUGAGAGGAGUUUGAAGUUUUAAACUUGUACAAGUCAUGUUGCUGGGCAAGUUUCUGGGCACACGAGGGCAUUUUCACAAACACUUGGUGUGCCAUCUUUGGGGAUUAUUUUAAAGAGACACAAGUAGCAUAUGCAAUCAACUCCAAUAUCAAUCUAUUCUACCCCAUUUCCUCUUUCAUUUGAUGCCAAUACCAUGACUUUUGGUUGAGUGUGGAGUAGGAUAUAAGGCUUUGAAGUCAGGAUCUCACCAAGACACGUAUUGCAAAGAACCUGGGCCAGAGGCUAGGGCACGCACGAGACAUUUCCACAAGUACGUGGCGUGCCAUUUUUGAAGUUGAUUUUAGAAAGCUACAAGUAUUCAUUUGGCUCAAGCUUAACUUCAAACUAUCCUAGUCCAUGCACCCUAUCCCAUGGUCUAAGAGUCACAUCAUUUGGCUGCUUAAUGGACAAUUCACGAAGUGUCAAACUCAUGUUCUUGACAUGGAGCAAAGUUUAGCUUAGUGUUGGAGUCUGGCACGCGUGCAAUUCCAGCAAUGACACCAUAGAUUCGCAACGAUUUCUCUCAUCCUUCCAAGCCCUAUUUCAAAACAAUUUCCAACACCAUUUCUCAUCCAUGCCAUCAUUACUUUGUGUGGAGGAUAAGUUUGAUAUAAAUGGUGGCUCCAAGGUAGAGAUAUAAGCUGGUGAAGAUAGCACCCUGGAGAAUUUAUGUGGAAAGAACAACAAGCCAAAGAGUGUUAUGACUAAGCACGUGACAUACACUUGCAUACUACUCCUAUUGCCCAUGCAUGAUUUUGGAACUCAAAAGCACAUUAGAACCUUGAUACAUAUAGAUGAAGCUUGUGCAUUAAGUUGGGAAAAUAAUUCACUACACCUAUACUACAUUAUAACUCCCAUGCAACCUCACAUAUAUAUAAACCCCACGCCUUACUUUCCUUUCUUCACGAUUCAUUAUUCCACUUUUCCAGUUUCUUCACUUUUCUCCCAAUCAUCACUUUCUCGUCUCUCUCUCCAUAACGGUUUCAUAACAAACUCCAAAAAACCUCUUCUACCUCUCAUCAUCUACACCUUCUUCAUCUUCUUUCUCUCAUCUCUACCUUCAUCCUUCUACCACAACCUCCAUGAUCAAGCGUAACAAACCUUCAUCAACAUCACACCUCUAAGCUUCAAUCUUCAUCAUCAAUGGCAACUUCGUAAUUACCACGAGACACCAUUACCUCCUUCAUCCAACUUUCGGAUUCAAGAAUCUUCACUAAUCAGUUUACAUCAUCGAUAUCGUCGCAUGGUUGCAAGCAAGAUUCAAGCAUCAAUUCUACGUGAUUCUGAGUUUACUUCUCAGAGAUCUUCAUCAAGUUCCAUAGCUGAUCAUCAUCUAAGAUCCAUCGAGUUGUAGAUUUUUCUUGUUCUCAAGAUCCAAGCUCGCUUCAGGUAAGACCUCAAAACCUCUGAACAUGCUAGAUAGAUGGGUUAAGGCAUUCUCAUCUGGAUAUAUAUGAACUCUAUGCGCCAUGAGGAUCCUAUUGAUGUGUUUAGUUUCGUUUUGGCAAAGUUUGUUUUGGUUAGGGUUUUUGAAAUGCUUUUCGUUUGGAUCUUAGAAGAGGAAUAAGAGGAAAUGGAGGUUAGAUUUGGGUUCAGGGAGGGGUAACGAAGCGAAAGAUGGUGUCUUUCUGAAUUUCUGGGCGAAAACGCAUUUGACUCCGGUGGAGAGUGGCCGGAUAAGACGACCGGAGCCCUAGCUCUGUUAUGUUUUUGCUUCCGUCUGCUGACGUGGCAGCGUGCCAUGGGUUGGUUUCUCAUUAUUUUGUGUUUUCUAUCUUAUUCAUAUCAUUGGUAUGUGAGGUGGUAGCUCGUGAUUGGCUUGUCAUGUUUGCAUGUCACGUUAAUUAAGUGGACCAUGGUAUAAAAUGCACGCUGAUUGUUUACUGAUUAAAUAACAACAUGUGAAUACAAAUGAAAGAUUGGAAUAUAGGUCUGGGCCACGCCUCCUUGGGCCUUGGUUCAUUUUUAUAUUCACACCCCAGCAUUUUUGGGCCCAGACGCGCAUCAUCCUUAAUCCAGUUCAUAUUUUGUUUGCUAAUCCACCCCCCUCCAUUGACAAAUUUUUUAAAUAAUAAAAAUAGUUUUCUUUUAUAUUCUUUUGCCUGUUAAUUGAAUUUUGCUUAAACAAAAAUAAUAAAAAUGGCUUUCUACCCAAAUUAUUUUUUUUUAGAUAUUUGUUUUAUUAGAAUUUUUUAAUUGUUGAUUUUCUUUGAGUUUUGGUUGGUUCUCACAUGGAAAAUAAAUAGUUCUUUUAGUUUUAAUUCAUGAAAAUAGUUUUGCAAUGAAUAAAAAUACAAAAAAUGGUAUGGUACUUGUGAAUAUUUCAUUAUUUUAGUAUAGAUUUUAAUCCUUUCUUUUUGUGAAUAUUUUCAUAUUUUGAAAAAUGUCUAAAAUAACCCUAGUUGUUUAAAGUUGAUUUUGGUCAACUUAAACAACUUUCUUCUUAGUUAAUUCCCCUUAGAUGUUAGUUUAGUCUUACUUAGGAUUAGUCUUGUAAAUGACAAUUAGAUUAGAGAAUAGGUUAGUUCCCAUUGUUCAUUCCUUUUCUUUUCAAUCUUAAAAAAAAUCUAAUAAAUACCGACGAGGAUCAUACCGCUACUAUUUUUCGUAGUAGGAAAGAAAUGAUUGAGGCGUAGUCCCCGGUGUAUUUCUUUUCUACUUAGCGGAAGAGAAAUGAUUGAGGCGUAGGCCUCAGUGUAUUUCUUAACCGCUAUUUAGAGAAACGAUUGGGGUGUAGACCUCGAUGUGUGUUCUCUAAAUAUUCUAAAUACUCAAACUUUUUUUGGUAUGAUCAAAGUCACAAAUAAAUUCCUUUAAAAAACACCCAACCAAAAAUACUCAAAACAUCUAAUAAAUGAUCAGAUUUAAAACAAAGUAAGGAAGUGGUGCGAAGCCUUGUAGUGGGUUUUGUCAUCAUGGCUUUACAAUAAAAGACACAAACCAAAGUUCAUUCUGCUGCUAAGAACAAGUAAGUCCAUUCCAAAAGUAGGUGUGUAAGUCUCCAAAAGUCGAGCAUCGUGGAUUGUGACCUUAACCUCUGUUCACCUAAAAAACACAAAACAAAUGGAAACUAUGGAGCCGAACUACGGUAGCUCUAAUUCCUGGUAAGGGAUACGUAGGCAUUGGGUCGCGGGGCCUAAGCUAGCACACUUGUAAAUAAUUCCUUCUUUUCCCCGUAUUUCUUUUGCAUUCAUUCGCAUUUAGAUUUAGACAUAGAUAUACACCCUUUAAAUAGAAACAAACAUAGGUGGAUACCAUCGAGUACGAUGGACGUGAGGGGUGCUAGCACAUUCCCCUUGCGUAACUGACUCCCGUACCCUGUUUCCCUGGUCGAAAGACCUUGUUCUUAUUCUUUGUUAGGUUUCCUGAUAUUCCUUUCCCUUAUGGGAUAAAUAUAUUAGUGGCGACUCUGAUCCAUUUUUCGCGGUAGCGACAGCUGACGACUCUGCUGGGGACGUGAUAGACCUGUACUGGUCCAUUCUUAGCGAGUCGAUCCUAGCCUUUGUUUGUUACGUUUAUUGGGUGUUUCUUUGUUUGUUUAUAUGUUUACAUCUUGUAUAUAUGUUGCAUAUCAUGUUUAUUUCCAUGUUUGCAUAUCAUGUUUACUUUCCGCAUGCAUCUGGACUAUAUUAUGGGUCCCCGUUGGGGCCACAUAUUUUCUCUAUUUGCAGGUUGGGUGGGAUGUUCUAUGAGGUAAAAGGCCCAAUACCCAGGCCAGAGUUGACAGCUAGGAUACCUAGGAUAGAGUGGAUAGUCAUGACGCCGGCGAGAUGUCAGGUCUAAUCUAGUGCGAUCUUGACACCCACGCCCAGUCGAGGUUCAAAUGGGGUAUUAUCGUUGGCAUGUAGAUGCAACAAUGGUGGUAUCUCAGGAGGACUGAUAACGCUGGUUGCCAUAUUGACCUACCCUGACCUAGAUUCACCUGUGAGUGGGGAGGAAUAUACAUGACAGGUACCGUUGGUGACUAUUUAGUUCUGUUGGUGACUAUUGUUCCUAUGGUUCUAUGAUACAUAUGCCGAACCUUUGAUCUCGUGACAUCUGACAUACAUCAUUUAUUCAGAGGAUUGUACACUAGUUACUAAGAUUAUAUAGACCUGGAUCCCAUGCUUUUGCAUUGCAUAACAUCAUUGCUUUAUCCACUUCAUUUGUGGGUGUUUACGGUGAUUUCCGGUAAACAACCGCUAGUCUUCCAAACUAUAAUAAAUAUGAUUUGGUUACUCGCAGGAUCGACUAGAUUGAUCCUAGGACAUAGUCAAAAAGAUUGUUAUUUAUGAUGAUUCGAACCAUGUUUAUGAUUUGCCUUGAAAAUAAGAAUUACUCAAUCGAAACAAUAGAAGGUUAGCAAUCACUUGGUUAUACACGUAAAUAUAACUUCGGCGAAAGGUAAGUCAAGAUAAAACAUAAGACAAAAACUGUAAAAGUGCAAGAAUCUUAAAAUGCAGAAAUGUUAAAUACUUCAAAGAUAAAUAACAUGAAAAUAAAGAGUGCAGGAAUGUAAAUGGCAGGAAGUAAACAAAAUGCAAUAAUAUCGAAAGAUACUUGAAAAUAAAGGAAAAUACACAUGUAUUAAAAUGGUGGUGGUGUCAUACGUACAUUUCUCAGCGAACUCUUUCUCUUAACACUUGAUACUUGAGUAAUAUGUGAGUGAUUUGUACAAAAUGAACACACGGAAUCCUAACAUUAAGACCCUUAUUUAUACUAAUUUCGACCUUAACGGUCCUACGCUAAUCUAAUGCCACGUUUCUCAUGAGAAUCCUCGGAAAGCCAUCUGUCUCUGGACAGUUAUGCAAACUUCUUCGAAUUUCAAAUCCUCCCGCCUGAAUCCUCCUUCGACGCGUGGCAAUAUAACUUAACAUUAAAAUACCACGAAAACACGCUAAGCAUCAGUACUUAACAUAUUUCAUAAAAUUUGUCUAAGUCUCGAAGAUAUACACUCCUACUAGCUUCAGCAUUCACUAUCCUCGUUAUGACUUAAAAUUCUUCAUCCUCGAAACAUGGCCAUCAGGAGCCAUUCCCUAUCUUUAAAGAUGGUCAUUAGUAACCACCUCCUUUGAAUUUCAGACCUUCGAAGGACAUUUCUUCCUAAACGAAAUCUUCAGCUAACAAAUUGCCCCCAAUAAAUGCCUGUUUCGAAAAACAAGAGAAAUAGGCGUUUCUUGCUGUAACAAGAUUUCGUUUUAGAGUUCCAAGAUCAUUGACUGACGUCACAAUCAUUUAUGACUCUGUUUCCAAAACGUCUUGUCAUUUUCAAAGAUGUCUACUCAUAACUUACAUUCCCACGUUCUGGUCUCACUUCCUGAUCAUUACUCCUAUAUACUAGGAGUAAAGCUAAUAAAUAUUCGACCGCCGUUGGAUGAAAUCAACGCCUGCUGCGUGUCUCUUGGCUUUUACCCAAAAGAUUUGAAAGGGUUUCCGUUAAACCUUUAAAUACGAAACUUUAACCUUCACAUAACUUUCACCUCUUAUUUCCUUAUUUCUCCACAGAAAAGAACACUCCUGAUUAUAUUCAAACCCAUUCCAAAAAAAUCAAACUUACUCAUGGCGUCUUUCUCAAAUGUUCUUCAACCAGCUUUGAAACUUCAACAAUCUACACAGAUGGGGGAUCAAGAGUACAUACCAAACCCAAAUUCUGCGGAAGUGCGCGCCAUUUACGCUUCUCAGGUAAUCAUUCCUUUUGAACUUUCUGGGAAAACUCAUGCUUUCAUGGGUCCUUUACCAGGAGAAACUAACCCUUCUCUAAGUAAAUUCUUUCCUGCUUAUUAUAAAACUAGGCUGUUAGUUAGUAAGAACAAAAUAGAUGAAGAUGGCCGUCCUAUUUCAUCAAAGCCUGAUGAUACGGAAAACACUUCGAUCGUAAACCCUUCAUCCCUAGAGAAAAUUAGGUUAAACUAUGUAACCAAUUUUGUGAAAGUUUUUAGGUCAAUUCCCUUAGCAAAAGACCCUGAACUAUACUAUGCCUGGUUGGCAAGAGUAGAGAAACACAAGGCUUCUUUCUGGCAAGAACUAGGCAUUUAUGAUUUAAUCCAACUGUCCAAGACUGGUUUAGAAUACAACCAAACCAUGUUAGUUGCAUCAGUUUAUUUCUGGGAUGCUUCCCAUAACACUUUCCAUCUUCCAUGUGGAAUGAUCACCCCCACGCUUUUCGACAUAGCUGCCAUUACGGGGCUUCGACCAAUCGGAGAACCUUUCGACCCCAACGUCAUGGAUACUGAUACUAUUAACUUUAAUGAAGCAACUGUUACUUAUACUGCAUUCAUUCAAAAGUAUCAUGACGAAAAUAAUGAAGUAGUCUCAGACGAAGAGCACAUUGCUUUCUUAGCCUUAUGGCUUUCGAGGUGCGUCUUCUGUUCUAGGUCCAUACAAGUGGCAAAAAGAUAUCUCUGUAUGGCUAAUCAACUCCAUGCUGGAACAAAACUAAACCUAAGCCAAUUAAUUCUAGGGUUUCUCUAUGAGAACCUAGGUGAAGUAACAGACCUUGUAAAGAAUUAUAAAACAGGCUCUUUGCUUUUCGCUGGCCCCUUCUGGCUGUUCCAACUGUGGCUCAAUGCUACUUUUGAGGCUCAACUCCCAUUUCGAGGUGUUGUGAACGAAGAAGAUCCAGAUAUUAAAAAUCGAACUGUAGAAGGAACCAGGUUGGCUUCGCUAACCCCAAAAGAAGAGACUGGUAAACUCCGUGAGCACUUUCUAGCAUAUGUCAUGAUGUUUGCUCGAUGUCAUCAAUUCAGCCCUUCGAUGGCUCCGUUCGUAAACAGGACAGUGGGUCCCGAAUGGUUCACUCGAAAGUUUCUACCAACAUCAAAAUCAAGAGACUGAAUCUAUGACUAUUUGGGGAGCUUUCCUUACCCCAAGGUUAUUCUAUCACCGUCUUCGCCCCUCCAAAAGCCAAUAUGUUCUCCUCUGCUACCAACCAAAUCUGGUAUCAAGGCAAUUUGGAUUGGUUCAAGUAAAACCCAAAUGUCUGUACGAGAAAAGGAACCACAUGUGUUUACACACUUUAUAUCUGACUGAAGAAGAAUGUGAAUAAAAAAUUGCCAGAUAUGCUGGUGUGACCAAUCUUUCACCUAUCCCUUUCGAUCCCGCAUUUUACUCUACCCCGGAUUUUCAACAAUGGUGGACGGACUAUUACACUACGCAAAUCUUUGACGCUGAGAGCCUUACUCGCGAACUAACUGAAGCUUUUGCUGAUGUGCAGGAAAAAUUUCAAAAAGGUACUUCGACUCAUAUUAAAGAAAUACAAGCCUUUCAAAAGUUCUUUGAAACCAUUUACAGGCCUGAUGAUCUUAGUCGGACCGUUCGUGAGGCUGCAGUCACUUUGCGCGAAAAGUUUUCUGCUAAACUGGAUAAGUUGAAACUGCCCUCGUCUGUUCGACCAGAACUGCGUUAUGAAGUGGCUUUCAAACUUAAUCCUCCAAAAUUCCCUCCACUGCCAAGCGCUGAUUUUGGUGUGGCUUUAAGCCCUCCUUUCCCAGACUGGUUCGUGUGUGGGAAUGUUUUUAAAAUUCUUCAGGAAAGCACUAAAAAUUGCGCUGAACGAGUGGUCCCGACUAAGCAUACCCUGGAUACUUUCAAAGGACAUCUCCAUAUAGAUCUUGAACAUGUUCGUGUCUUGACUCCAAUACCUGAAGGUUUGAGUUUAGCCAAAUUUUUGACUAACAUUCCUUUUCCGCUGAAAUACUAAUUCCAGUUUCAACUACAGCUGUUGCUCGAAGGAAAAAGAUCAAACAACUCCCUGCGCAGAAAGCUUCUGAAGUUUCGCAGAGCAACAAGCCCAGUGAGAGUGACUCUAUCACUGCUGACAAGAAACCCACGGUAUAUACAUACUUUAUCUUUCAUUUGUAUGUUACAUGAAUCAUACUUACCUCACCCAAUUUAUAUUUUCAGAGUUCGAAGCCUCCACCACAUUCGAAGCGAAAAACCUCUCCAGUAGUUGUCUUAGAUGACGAUGAAAAAUCUCCACCUCGAACCAGACAAGCCCAAAAGAAAAGGCAAAAGGCUGCUACUCCUUCAGGAAAAGAAAAGGGAUCUGGGUCUUCGAAACUUACUUCACCGGGUGACAAGGUAUCUUCUGAAGAAUCACCUUUGAAAGGUGGUAGUAACGCUUUCGUUGUCGAGAGCCACAAUUCGAGCCCAGAUAACAUCCUAACUAAGGUAUUUGGAUUUCCCAACCUAAUCAUCUUUAUAAAUUCUUAACUUAAAAUAAUUAAGUUAACGUUUUACCUUAUGAUUGUAGGAUGAUGUUGGCACAGCCACUUCUGACCUCAAAUCCUUCACUCUUAAUAUUGAUCUUGAUAACCUCCAAGGUAGAUGCAUAUUCUUUUUUACAGUGAAAAGAUUUCUUGCAACUUUCCUCACCAUAACAUGUUCUAAUUAUUUCAUGCAGGU